CGGCGCCACCCAUUGGCCAGGGAGAGGGCGCCACCCAUUGGCCAUGGAGAGGGCGCCACCCAUUGGCCAUGGAGAGGGCGCCACCCAUUGGCCAGGGAGAGGGCGCCACCCAUUGGCCAGGGAGAGGGCGCCACCUAGUGGCUAGGAGGAGUGGGCGCUGGGGAUGGCGGUGGUAGUGGCGGCGGCCGAGCUGCUGCUCCGCUCCGGGCCGUUGGAGAUCUUCCUGAGGGACCGGGGUUGGCACCGGGUACAGGCCGAGCUGCGGCAGAGCAGCCUGCGCCUCAGCGGCGAGGGGCCGCCACCCGAAGCUAAUGCCUGGGACGGGCUGUCCAACGGAUCCCCGCGGGCGCGGAGUCCGAGCCCCAGCCCGGUGCACAUGAGCCCGGCGAGGCCCGGGAUCCACGGCGGCAGCCCCGGGACACUGAUCCAUGGAGGCAGCCCAGGGACAGUGAUCCAUGGGGACAGCCCGGGCCCCGGGACGGGGGACAGCCCGGGCCCUGGGCCGGCGGCGCUGCCGGACCGGGUGCGCACGGUGCGGGUGCUGAAGCAGGAGGCCGGCGGGCUGGGCAUCAGUAUCAAGGGCGGCCGCGAGAACCGCAUGCCUAUCGUCAUCUCCAAGAUCUUCCGCGGCCUGGCGGCCGACCACACUGGCGCUCUCUUCGUGGGCGACGCCAUCCUGGCGGUGAACGGAGCCGGGCUGCAGGACGCCACCCACGACCAGGCCGUCCAGGCCCUGAAGAAGGCCGGCAAGGAGGUGACCCUCGAGGUUACUUACAUCCAGGAAGUGACGCAGUACUUUAAAAAGCCCUCGUUGAUUGCAGAUCUUGCAUGGGACAGUCUGAUGCCUCAGUCUCCAUAUCUGGGAGGUGAUUCCUCUGGUUCUCCAAACCACAGUGCCAAAGACAGCAAGAUUUUUCCGUUGAAGAUGUGCUACGUCACAAGGAAUCUGAGCAUGUCUGACCCAGAGAACAGGUUAUUUGAACUUCGCUCCCCUGACGGCAGGCAUGCGAUCGUGCUGCGGGGCAGAGAUGUUGCUACAGCGCAUGCCUGGUUCAUGGCGAUCCAUGGCAGCAUCGCAGCUCUCACCCCGCAGGUACUGGUGGAGUUGCGUGAGGUCUUGGGCCCAAGCUGCAGGGCCGUCCAGCACCUGGGCUGGCUGGCAGAGCAGUUGAAGAUGGAAGGUGGCAAACAGGAAUGGAAACCGGUGGUGGCCAUCCUGACAGAUAAAGAUCUGUUGCUUUACAAAGCCGUUCCCUGGAACCGGGACCUGUGGGCGUCUCCCUGCCAAAUCCACCCGCUGCUGGCAACCAGAUUGGUUCACUCGGGGUCUGCACGCAGCUCCCCAUCUAUCAGCUCGGAGCUGAUGUUUGCCACCAGGACAGGCUCGCGACAAGGCAUUGAGACGCACGUGUUCCGCGUGGAGACGCACCGGGAACUGUCGACAUGGACGCGGAUGCUCGUCCGAGGCUGUCACGGGGCUUCCGAGCUGAUAAAGGAGGUGACCCUGGGAUGUACUUGGAACGGGCGGGAUGUCAAGCUGACCAUCAACUACGAGAGUGGUUUUGUGAUGUCCCAGGGCGGCGCCAUGUCAGAUUCGCCCAACAUCCUACUGCAGUAUCCGUUCGAGAGGCUGAAGUCGUCUGCUGACGAUGGCAUCCGGAUGCUCUACCUGGACUUUGAGGGGCCGGAGGGAGAGCUGGCCCUGGACUUGCACUCUUGCCCAAAGCCUGCAGUCUUUGUAGUUCAUUCAUUCCUCUCGGCUAAAGUGACACGGAUGGGGCUCGUUGUUUGAAUGUUUGCCUGGUGGGACGUCUGGAUCAUCAACUCAACCAAAGCUGGUGUGUCUCGGGGAACUGCAGGAGUGACGAUGCUGCUGGUGAACGACCAAGUAGUGGAUGGGAGACAUCGCAAGGCUGACUCGUGUCGAUGUGACUGACUCUUGCCAAAUGUGCCUUUCAAUACUGAAUAACUCAAUUCUUAGAAUUGCACAUUAAGCUUAUUGAUGUAACUAACGACAGUUGCUUUAACUUUGGAGUACGUAGUUUUGUAACUUUUCAAUGAUCUUAACUCUAAGCUAGCUGGUCUGGUGUAACCCUGCACCUUGUGCAAUACAUUUCAAUCAGGGGGGCACGGUAUUAUCAUCUUUGAACACGCCUGUCGUGGAACCAGGGGCUUUGUGAUGUGGCAUGGGGCUCUUUGUGGUCACAGCAGGAUGUCGUGUAAAUCCCCAGGCUUUGAUAUGUGUGGCUUGAUUCUGGAGCAGCCUGUCCCUGUAGGUAGUGUUUGGCGUUGCCAGCACAGAUCGUCAGUGGUUGGUGGUGCCAGGACGGCUCGGUCUGGGCAUGGAUGCCAAUGUUUGGGCAAUGCUUGAUAUGGAGUUGUGGGGGUGAGAGGACAGUUUCCUCCCCCUGCCUGGUGGUCACCUACAUGAAGGAUGUGAUUAAACUGGAGAGGGUGCAGAAGAGAUUCACCAGGUUGUUGCCGGGGCUGGAGUGCUUGAGCUAGAAGAAGAGACUGGAUAGGCCCCGGAAUGGAGGAGGUGAUCGAUAGGCUAUAACAUGAUGGGCAAGGUAGAUGAUCACACUUUUCCACGGGAUCUGGGAAUCUAAAACUAGAGGGGGUAGGUUUAAGUUGAGAGGGGGAAGAUAAGACGACCUGAGCGACGCCUUUUCCCCACACGGUAGGUAUGUGGAAUGAGCUGCCAGAGGAGGCUGUGGAGGUAGGUAUAACUAUGCUUCGAGGAGAUUGGGACAUAUAUAUGGGUAGGCAAAUGGGACUAGCCAAGGUAGAUAUUUGGUGAACAUGUGCAAGUUGGGCAGAAAUGUCUGUUUCCGUGCUGCACGACUAUGUGGAAUCCACUCCUUCACUGUUUACUGUGACACAGUCAUAGCGCAAUGGUGGAGAGUAUUUAUAGUUAAUGGUGUGACAGGGCAGCAUCUGCUUUAAACAAGGCUCCGUGCAGUGGCUGUGGGCCUUUGGAUGGAGAGCACUGUAUGUGUUGAUCUCUGUGGAAUCUGACAGUAGCCUCGGACUCGGUGCUCCCUCCGACAGAGAGGGACACCUGGCUUUGUGCUUUGCAAGUGUUGGGUGGAAUUCCUAUCUCACUGACACACUGCCCAGUCACGUGCUCGAGGAGUGGCGGCCUGCUGACUUGCAACGGAGUUUGAUUGUGUUCUAUUGUCUUCCUCCAAGGCCUCCUGUGUCUUAUUCCUGAAUGUUUAUGGCUCAGUGUUACAUGUGGGUAAGCUCUUGUAUUAGAUAGAUCUAAAACCGACUCUGUGAGAGUUGGGGAAGAGGACUGCGUCUUAUGAUUUCUCUUUCAUUAUUUACGCUGAAACCCUGGAGUGACCCUCUCCCAGUCUAGUGUCUGUUUCGCUGCCUGAUUAACACUACACCCACUGCACUUUAUGCACAGAGCCUGGCCUGCUGCUGUGCUUGAACGUCUGGCACCGAGCAGUUAGACUACCGGUCAGCAAAUCAUUAGUCUCGUAACUCACCUCACUGUCUCGUGGUUCACCUCUGCCUCGCCUUAUUGACUGUCAGUGGGAUUGUGAGUGGACAAGGAUGAACAUGGCUUCAAGGGGAGAUGAAUGGGUGAGAACGUCAAGGGUGAAGUCACCCACUGAGAUACCAAACACGGUGAUCGUUAAAGGGACCCAGGUUUCCGUGUACAAAAGUCAGUCAAAGCAACAUGAUACCUGCAGAGAAAUGGUUCAAUCCUGACACAUGGUGCUGUCUGUGCGGAGUUUGCACAUCCUCCAGAUGCUCAAGUUUCCUCCCACAUUUCAACAACAUGCGGCUGCUGUAAAAUUCCCCUUGUGUAGGUGAGUGGUAGAUAUUAGAUAGGAACAUAUGGACCAGGGAGGAGGAGUCUGACCCAGUUAGUCUGCUCCCCCAUUUGCCUUUUCGCCAUGACCACCAACCAUGGUUUGGUCACCCUUGACUUUCCUAUUGACCAUUAGGGCCUUGAACAUAUUGCGACUCAUUCUGAGAUCUCUAGAGAAUUACAUUUCUCUCCAUAUGAACAAUGUGCUACCUUUCUGGGUUUUUCACCAUUCCUUGUCCACUCUUGGCUUUUACACUGCUUCAAAGGCUCUACACAACUUUCCCACCAUUGUACAGUUAGUACAUUAUAUUCCUUCAUCUAAAUUAUUGACUUUAAGUGUUAACACCAAUGUGCCAAUAUAAAGAUGAUAUAAUUACCCUGACCCAUUUGUGUUAGUUAGAUUAUCCAUUCUAAUACAUUGGCCCUACCACCAUCAACUCUUGCCUUAUGCCGCAUUCUUCUGCAGUAGCUUAUUGAAUGCUUUAAAAUACUUAGUGUUCCAUGGUAACCAUCGACCUUCUGGUCCUUGGAUACCAUCCAGGCCUUGCUCAUCUGCCACACAACUCAAGGCUGAUGAUGCAAGAGAGUAGUUGUGAGAGGGCCCUUUGCUCUGGGUCUGAGUGUGUUGUUUAGUGUGGAUUAGCCGGUAGGUGCAGAUGGUGAAUGUGAACACUCUCCGUAAGCUGGUGGACAUAACUGACAACGAUGGCACCUGAUGGUUAUAUUUGUACAGAACUUAUCACGCAACAUAAAUGCCCCAGGAAAAUUCCUGUCACUGACGAGUGCCUUGGAGAAAGCUGUUCUGUCACUGUAGGCACAAGAACAGCAUCCACUUCCAGUCACCUUCGUGUUUGAUUAAAGUGUAACUGAGCUCCUGUGAAUCGGGAGACAUUUCUAAUUGCCAAAAAUUCUAUUUUUUUAACUGUCUUGUGCUUGAAUCCUGUAUUGUGAUACCAAAGUUAAAAUGGUGGGACAUUCAGAGUUUUCUGGGGUUCCCCCUUCCCCCUUCCCCCUUCCCCCCCCCCCCCCCUUGCAUCUGUAACUGAGACAAAAGAUUGUAUCUGCACUGGACCCCAGUGCUACCUCUUUGUAUAUCACAUGUAUAGAAAUAAAUUAUCCAUUUU